GGGCUGGGCGUGUGCCGCGGCCGCCGGCGGGGCGCGCUCCCGCUCCGCUCCCGCUCUCCCCGCACGCACAUUGUCCGGGCGCGGCGGCGGCACAGCGCCCCGGCGCCCCGUGCCAAUGCGGGGCGGGCGCGGCACGCCGGGGGCGCCUCCACCACCGCGGUGGAAACUUCCCCUCGCCGCCGGGCCGACGCGCGGCUGAAGCCCCCGGCGGGGAGGAGCGGAGCGGGGUUUCGCCCGCCUGGGGGGGCGCCUCGUCUAGUUUGGUUUUUUCCUACGUUGGAAGGGCAAAAGCGAAUAAUACUGUUAGCCGGCUUUAAACUUCCGCGCCCCGCUCUCCAGGACGCGCAUCCCGCCCGGCGGGGCGGACGAGCCGGUGGUGGUGCUCCUGGAAGUCCUGAGCUGGGGUCAGCUGGAAGAUGACUGAAUACAAGCUGGUGGUGGUGGGAGCAGGUGGUGUUGGGAAGAGUGCUUUGACGAUACAGCUCAUUCAGAACCAUUUUGUUGAUGAGUAUGACCCCACGAUAGAGGAUUCCUACAGAAAGCAAGUAGUCAUCGAUGGAGAGACCUGUUUGUUAGAUAUCUUGGACACUGCAGGGCAGGAGGAGUACAGUGCCAUGAGAGACCAGUACAUGAGGACAGGAGAAGGAUUCCUGUGUGUCUUCGCCAUCAACAACACCAAGUCCUUUGAAGAUAUUCACCAGUACAGGGAGCAGAUCAAGAGGGUGAAGGACUCAGAUGAUGUUCCCAUGGUGCUGGUGGGGAAUAAAUGUGACCUCCCUGCACGGACAGUGGAGACCCGGCAAGCGCAGGACCUGGCCCGGAGCUAUGGGAUCCCCUACAUAGAAACGUCUGCCAAAACCAGACAGGGCGUUGAGGACGCCUUCUACACCUUGGUGCGGGAGAUCCGGCAGCACAAGCUGCGCAAGCUGAACCCCCCGGAUGAGAGCGGCCCUGGCUGCAUGAACUGUAAAUGUGUGGUAUCGUGACUAUGCUGUCUGGACCGUGUCUUGGCGAGGUUCCCACUGUGCAGUGCGCAAGGAAAGAGGUGAAGCAAAGGAAGAAGCAAAUGGAUUCAGAGGAGUAUGGGGGGAGGAGAGGAGGAGGAGGAAGAGGACAGGGGGAGCAUGAGGCCCUCCAAGGACUAUCUCACACUUCAUCCAAGCCUGCGGCAAACAACUUUUUUUUUUUAUCCCCGUCCCCUCAUCCUUUGGCCUCCUCCCACCCCGGCAACUGUACAAAGCCACAGAUUGAAUCACAGUAAAUUAUUAUUUGAUCGUCUCAACAAA